AUGCUGGCGUCACUGGACGACCCCUUCACGCGCUUCUUUGAGCCGGGCAAGUUCCGCUCGCUCAAGGCCGGCACGCAGGGCCAGCUCACCGGAGUCGGCCUCGAGCUCGCCUUCUCUCCGGACGGCAGGCAGCUCGUGGUCGUGGCACCGGUGCCCGGAGGCCCAGCGGACCGGGCGGGAGUGGCUCCCAGAGACGUUAUUUUGCGAGUCAAUGGGGAGGCGGUGGAGGGACUCGGGCUCUAUGAUGCUGCGCAGAAGCUGCAAGGGCCAGCUGACUCCCUAGUGGAGUUGACUGUGCAAAGAGGAGGGGAGGCAGUCAAGCAACUCCCCCAGCAGAGGGGUAGGCAGCAGCCGAGUCAACAAAGUCAACCGAGUCAACAGCAGCCGCAAGAGCUCACAUUUACUCUCACCCGCCAGAAGGUCUCCCUCAACCCCGUUAUCUUCCGAACCUGCGACCUCUCUCGGCAAGCCUCGGCAGCUCUCCUAACCUCAGGGAAUGGUUUGGCAGGCAGCUUCGGCAGCAGUGGGAGCGCUGUGAGCCGUGGUGGGGAGAGUGGUGGUGGUGGAGUGGGUGUGGCGCAGGCAGGGAAUGAAGAGAAGGUAGCCAGUGAGGAGAAGGUGCGGUGCGGUGGGGUGGGGUACAUGCGCAUCACCACCUUCACCCGGAACUCGUUGUAUGUGUGUCAGCUCUCUCCACCAUCCCCUUCGCUGUACCAACUCACCAUCCCUCUCCAUCCCUCUCCAUCCCUUUCCAUCCGUCGCACAGGCGCAUUAAAGCAAGCACUGGAGCAGCUGACAGGGGAGGGGGCCACGGCCUUCAUUCUGGACAUCCGCAACAACAGUGGAGGGCUGUUCCCAUCCGCUAUAGAGAUUGCCAAUAUGUGGUGA